GAUUUCUUAAUCUGUUAUGCAAGCCGUAGCUUCUCUGCUUCUGUGAGAUUAUUUUGACCUCAUGGUUGCUGGCAAUGAGUUAAUUUGACUCUGAGUUAACAACGUUAUAGUCAAGAACAACAGUUAGGAUGGGAUGUAGUACUUGUGUAUAAUUGAUGUCAUAUAUGACCACUUGACUUCGAAUGGAAGUUGAGAGCUUGUGAUAUGCAGUGGUUCCCUGAAAAAAGUCCAUUGCCACUUCUAUCUAGGAUGUUAUAGUAUCAACAUUUUUAGUAUUGUCGAUCAUCUAAAACCGUGUGCAUCUUCAGUUUGGGUGGUAUGUAUAUUCAGAUGGUUUGUAUAUUUAAUGUCAGUACCAUUUGCAGCUUCAGCAACUUCGAGUCUUAGCACUGCAGGAGGGCCAAAGGGCAAGAAUACUUGGAAGCUCAAGUCCUAUGUUUACAGAACAUGGAACAGUCAAGGCAUUACCGAAGAUAAUAGGUUAACUACAUCAUUCGAUGAAGUUACCCCAUUCCUGCUAUACUUUACAUGGUGAAGAACUUGUUGCAGGUAUGUCCAUUUGACCAGUCCUUUGUUGAUAAUAUAAUGCUAUUUUGCUUCCUUUUCUUGUUGCAGAAAAUAAUAAUAAACACAAAACAAACGUUACCAUGCUCUUACUGCUUCCUGUGGCUGUCAGUAUUAUAUCUUUGCAUAUGUGGAUGCACCAGCUUACCUGAUCCUGAAAAACUUGAAUAUUAUCAGCACCGGUGUCUUAUACCGUAUCAUUCUAAAGAAAAGUUGAGUGAAAUACAGUGGGCUGCAUUUAUUCUGUUAUGUGCUGGUUGCACUAUUGCUCAGCUCAAUCCCUCGUCAGAUCAUGUUCUGCAGACCCCUAUUCAAGGUUGGAUGAUGGCAAUUGUGAUGGCUCUUUUAAGUGGUUUUGCUAGUGUAUAUACAGAAGCUAUUAUCAAGAAACGCUCUUCAAGAAAUAUUAACGUGCGGAAUUUUUGGCUAUACAUUUUUGGGAUGCUCUUCAACUUAGUUGCAAUUUGUGUUCAGAACUUUGAUGCUAUGAUUAAUAAGUUAGUAAUGAUGAUUUCUUCAUUCCAUGCCAUAAUAUCUGUUACAGUUCAUGAUAUUGAAUUAUUGACCACAUGUACAAGUGCACAAAGCUGGACUCUUUCUUUAGUAAAUAUUCAUUCGUUUUUUUAAAAAAAUUAUAUCAUUGCCACGUGUAAGCGUUAACUAUAAAUAUACAAUUCUAAUUUUGGAUUUUUUAAAACAUGUGCAUGCCGCACAUGGGCAUCUGCUAGUACAUACCUAACAUAAGAUUUAUCAGAGUCCACGUUCCCCAUUUGUGCGGCACGUUUCCUAUCGGCUUGGGGAUCCGAAAACCGCACACACAUCCCUUUCUCAUUCCCGGCAGGAAUCUCGGCAAGAUCGACUGCUCGCUGCGCCGCCGUUGAAGGCCCAUUUUCAUCCUGCUCUGAGGAUUCACCACCGCAGGGAAUCCGGUGUCACCGUACCCUUCCACAGUCCUGCUGCAGGCUUGGAUCUAGUUGGUGUCGUUGCCUGGUCGGACAGUUGAGGAUGAGAUUCGUGCUUGCCGCGUUUGCUCCACAAUUUGAUGGCGGUGGACUGAUGCGUCUACUACUAGCCACCACGAUUCCCAGGUCAGCUUUCGCUUAGUUGUUUCUAAUUCAAGCUUUUGACCAGGAAAGAAUUGAUUCGUGUGUGCUUUUGGCUCCGUCGAAUGUGAGCCAAAUCCGCAGCGGCCGAUUUGAGCAGCAAGGUCCGUCUUCCUUUGCUGUUCACUGGCGGCAAGGUUAGUAAGGUUUGUCGGCUUCAGAUCGCGAUUCAAUUCUUUUUUCUUGGUGUAACUCUCUGCUGGCACUAUUACGGGUCCCUUUGGAUCCUUUGCUGGUUGAUCUCGCCCAGCAAGGCUCGCCUUGCCCGCAGCGGAGAGCGGUUUUGGCUUGCUCGUUUUUAUAAGAAUUCGUUGACGGCACAGGCACCAAGGCAGUGAUCAAAACAAUCAAACGCCUGAUUUUUUGCUCAGAUAAGCAAGGCAAGAAUUCCAAACGCGCCCUACAUUGAUGCUUUAACAAAUACACGUUUCAUUGCGUAUCACAUACUACUCAAUUCUGAAAUUGAUGUCGUCAUUGACUUUUUUUUUGUUAUGUUUGACCAUUCGUCUUAUUCAAAAUAUUAGUCUAAAUGUGUAAAGUUAUAAGUUACGUUACAAGUUUCUUAAGUGAUAAAACAAAUCAUAAAAUUUAUUUUUUUGAAUAGGACGAAUGAUCAAACGUAACUAAAAAAAUCAACGGCGACAUCAAUUUCAGAACGGAGGGAGUAUUGUUUACCGUUCCAGUUGCAACCGGAAGGCUACACUCUUCUGCUUGCAGAAGAGGACGAUAUUACUCAAAUUAGCUGGCCGCUGUGCAUUUUUCUUGUUUGACUUCAUAAGUUCAUCAUGAGGAGAAAGUAGUGCUGAAGGAUAUUUUCAGUACUAUUUUUGUUUAUUUCUUAAAAGUUUUGGCAAUACAUGCAAAAAUCUAUGGACAUCGUGUAGGAGUACAUCUUAAUAUAUAUGAAAAGCGUAUCUAUCGCUUUUCGGUUUUUAUUGGAACACCCUUGUACAUGCCAAUACGCUGCCUAAGGUCGUCUCGGCGUGGCCUCGCAAUCUUGUUGUUUGGAUCGAAGAGCAGGACCUCCUCGAAGGCCUUGAGGGCUGACUUGCGCGCGCCUUGGCGCGCCCUUGCAGUUAUUUUAGUAAUGUAAUGAUAAUAUCAUUUGCUCAACAAUGUCAUAUCUGUAUACAUGAGAGGUGAAAUAAUUUCUGAAAAAAACAUGGGUAGCAAA